GCAUCAGCGCCAUCCAAUGAAUCGAAUACGCCGGUUCGCAACGAUAGAUUAUUGGAAUAUGAAGUUAUUCCAGGAUAUUCGGCAUCAGGUACGUUGGAAAGUUACCAGUUGUCCCAACAAAGUACCCUAACUCAGGAGACUCGAUCCUAUUAUCUGGCACGGCUUCAAAUGUUAACACUUCACUAUCAAGUGGGGCUGAAGUUAUGUCGACACCAAUAUCGAACCAACUUCCGUUGAAAACUAUCACCGUAUCCCAAGGAAAUCCUAAUGAAUCGUCGUCAUUCAACGCCGCCUGUCAUGCUAAUCAAAUUGCCGGUAGCUCAAGGGCAAUGACACCUAUUGCUGCGAAGACAUCCCAGUCUAGUGUGAACAAGAUCGAUGAUACAAUGCAGUCGUCGAAGAUCAUCCAAGGCAGUGACGGACGGAAAUAUGUAGAAAUGGGAUAUGAUUGCUACGCCGAGCUACCAGGGGAGACGCAGUCGACAGAGAAUGACGAAGUAAAGAUCGAUCUGGGUGAGAAUGAGAUACCAGGAAAUCUAACGGAUGAACUAAUAGAAGAACAGAACGAUGUUUCCUUUCGUGCGCUGUGCGAGCUUCAGAAUGAUAUUGCUGCUGCUAUGAAGUCAAGAUUGGAUGCAAUCGAAGCCAAAAUGGAUCAAAUACUUCUCUUCAUGGCCAAUAUAAAUAAGUUUAUGUCAAUGAAACAUUCAGGAAGUUCAACAUCGGAGAAAAAGCGAGAAUAUGAAGACUUCACUGAAUUCGAGAAGCUUUUCCUAUCAAGGAAGAAACUCAGAUGGCUGCUUUGA